UGAUCAUCUUCAUGGAUGCAUUUGGAUUGUUCAGGAACCGGUAUCGUUCCAUGAUGGGCAUAUAUAUGACAACACCUGCGCAAUGCCUACGAGACCGAAUGAAACGAUCAAACAACUUUGUUCUUAGCCGCAUGGUGCAAAGAUGGACGAUGUGAUAUCAUGCCUUACUGAUAUCCCGAAGCUUGACAAAGGUAUGAUUCUCCGAAUCAAUGGGGAGAAUAGGUUUGUCAUAGCGCCAGUGUUGUGCUUCACAGGUGACAUGCCACAACAAAAUGAAAAUAGUGGCAUCCUACGACCAAAUGCAGGAAAGGGUUGCCGGUCAUGCCUUGCGUCAAUAGCACAGAAAGGAGAUCUGGACUUUGACACAGUAGCACUUGGACGAUACCAUUACAGCCAGAAACAGAUCAGAGAAUACGGAGAUACCUUACCGCCAACAGCGAAAAAGAAGUAUUUUCAAGAAUGGGGGAUGCAUGAAAAUGAGCCCGCCAUAUUCAAGCUGACUCCGGCCUUGGAUAUAAUCCAGACGAGGCCGGGAGAUCCAUGUCAUUCAGAGUACAACGGUCAGGCAAAGCAGAGCCACAACCUCCUCAUGAGAGCAAUACUCUCAAAACCCGGGAUGAGACGGUAUUUCCAAGAGUUUGUCCAGUUCCCAGCACCAACUGGAUGGAGCACGCGACAAUCCCCCCUCAAUCACCUCCAGUCUUGGUCCCUCUCAGAGGCGGGAAUGGCCUCAGUCCUAACACCCCUUAUCAUGUCUCGUAUGAAGCUCAGCGAAAAUGAUAUUACGCUGAACUUCUUUGCUGCAAUGAGGGGCAAGUUCCGGGAAGACACAAAGACCAUGAAACUCACGAUUCCAGAGAUAUUAGUGCAUUGUUUUGCCAUGAUGGCAAAAUCAAACGCCAUCACUUGUGCACGGAAGAUCAGCGAGCACCAUCGUCAGGAUGCAAGGCGCAUCAUUCUCCGGGGUCGACAGCUCUACACUCGGUUGUGCACAUGUGCUUCUGUCGCUGAGCGGAUGAGUAAAUCCAAGGGCAGCAACAAUAGCCAGGCCUCGUCCCAUGCUCCAUCUAUGGUCUCAGCUGACUUUGAAGCGGCAAUCGAGGCCAUUGGCGUGGGAGUUGAUGCUGUUGUUAGUGAGUUUGAAUGGGCAACACAGAUGAACUCCCUGAAACCAGGGACAAGCAAAUCGAAGGAGUUCAGCAGCUGGGGAUCUCGCCCGAAUGUGCACCAGGGUUUGCAUAUUGAUGAGAUCAUCAACCGUUAUGGGACAAGUUUUGCUUGUAAUGUCCUACAUGGAGAGGAUAAACACAGAAUGUUCAAGCAUUGGGCCCAAUAUUUGAAUGGCCGCAGUGUUGAGAAGGUGCUGAUGCGGAGAGAGUGCAUUAAUCUCACGCUGCGCCUCCUCUUAAAUGGCGCCUUUGAGUAUGACGAGCCUGUACUUUCGACGCAGAUGUGGAAUCUACACAAGACAUGUCCCAUACUGACCAACCACCUUCUCCCGUCAUCCGAGAAGUGGGACAUUGUCGAGGAAGCCUCCAUCAAUGUCCUCCAGCCCGACAGCUCGCACAUCUCGCCGAAAGCCACCCUAUGCGUCCGCCGGGAGGAUGUGGAGAAAGAGUUGGAUUUGCCUUUGUGGCCAGAGCAGCUCCAGGAGGGGCUUCCAUUCGUGCAAAAACUACGAGAAGCAUACCGUGUAGAUUAUGAAGAUCCUCAUAUUACAAGUCUUGGGAGCCGCCCAUUGCAGUACUUCUCCCGGUUCAGUUUCAUCGAUCCUAGCACACGCCACAGAGUAACUUUUAAAGCAGGGAAUUGCUUUACCGUCCGGGGAAAGAGCAUUUGCCGGUUCGAAGUUGGCUUCGUUCACGAAAAGAUUCAAGGCGAGGCAAGGCUGUUUGCAAUUGUGUCAGAUAUCAAAGAAUGUGGGACAGAGGACCCUGUUCUUCAACUCCCUCAAAUGAGGGUUGUCCACAACAGCCAGGGAAUCGUAGGACUUCCAGGGAUUGGAAGUAACCCGGUGUUCAUAGUCAGUAUUAAUCAAGAAAGAAAGCAAGCCGCCUCAGUAUAUUCUAAGGGGCCACUGAGUGUGGAUCAAACAGUACGCCGAGGUGAGGUAGAUCUUGGCCUUCGAGGCUCAUCGGCAGCAACGCUGGUGCACUGCUGGUGGGACGUGGGAGUAAUGUGAGCGGCAGAACUUCAGGAUCCAGGCGCUGGAAUGGCACAGAUAUCAAUUGAAAUGUAAAGCAGUAUAGAGAGAAU